AUGGAAGAGCAUGUGCCGCUGGAAGUUUUCGACUUCAAUCUGGACAUUGAUUUCGAAACUGCUUAUGCCAUGAUAAGCAAUGAACAAGAGGUCGCGAAAGUCCACAGUGAGAAGGAUCUGCGACAUAACAAAGGAGAGCACAUUCUGAAUGCAGAAGAGCACAAGUUUUUGGCAGAGGAGCAAAUUGAUCCUAUGCAUGUAGCACAUGAACACGACGUUUUCGGCCACGACGUGAUAGCUGAUAUGCAUGGCAUGAGCCAGCCUGGCUUACUAAGUGCAUUUGAAUCACAUGCCAUUGAGAGUUUCUUAGACAGCUUAAUUAGCCCUGGUGGCAAGAGCGAGAAACCAGCUCUCGAGCAUCUCCCAGAAUUACACUUUGGUGCGAUAGAGGGGGCAACGGAGGCACAUGAAGAACAACAAGUACCGCCUAACACCGCAAAAAGGCCACCAAAGUUAGCGGCUGCGGAAAGCACGGACACGUUGGCGGAAUACAGUGGUAUAAGUGGAGAGUACAAACCUGAGUCACUUUCGUUCCCAGAAAUAGCUAUCUCAGACUCUGAGGUACCGGCAGAAUUGGCCAAGGAGCCUGCUAAACUCAAGAAAUGGAAACACGUAGCACUGGAGAAAAAAAGGAGGGACGUUAUAAAAGACGGUUUUGACAACUUAAUUGCCCUUAUAAGAUAUCCCCGCUUGGAACAAGAUCAGAUCAUGAGUUUAAAAGCAGGAGGUAGCGAGGAAAACAUCGCGUCUGCUAACAAGAGGAUAAAAGUUCACAAAACUACAAGCAAGCGGAUUCCAAAACAUGUUCUUCUGAACUAUAUAAUAGAAGAUAUUGAAUAUCUGAUGUUAGCAAACAAAGAGCUCGAAAACAUGAUCAAAGCAUUGGAUGAAAAUGGCUAG